AUGAUGGAUCCUAAUAAUUUACCACACCAUGUGUAUCUGCACAAAGGCCACAAGUACAGAUUGAAAUUGGGAUUUUACGCAGCGCCCAGCAAUCCCAAAGCGUUUUCAAAGGCUAUUAGAGAUGAACUUCACAAUUUAAGGUUUACAUACUGUUCUGAUUUAAAUGGACUGAUUAUGGGAUUUGGUAAAAUAAGUUCUAACGAACUUAUUCCAGCUGAUAUUAGACAUUGCAUCAAUGUAGUCGUCAAUGUUGAUGUAUAUAUAUUCAAACCUCCAAUUGGAUCUAUAAUAGAAGCUGUAGUAAAUCAAACUAGUGAUAACCAUGUCAGUUGUUUGGUGCACAAUUUGUUCAACGUUUCAAUAGUGCGACCUGAAAAUAAACCGUGCGAGCAGUGGUCAGGAUCUAAAAUUAAAAAGGACGAUAAGAUUGAUGUUAGAGUUUUAUCUUUCGAUCUCACAAAAAAACUUCCUCAUAUUACAGGCGAAAUAAUUAAAAAGAAUGAUGAUUGUUAUGAUCCUAAAAAUAGAAAAAAUAGUUCUUUUACGAAAUCCUCAUCCUCAAAAAAUAUUGUAAGUGAUCUUACCAAAUCUUUUAAUAAGAGUACUGCAAGUCCUUCAACAUAUUCAUCAAAUGAUUCUGAAAGUUCAGAUGAACAGAACAAUAUGAUAACUGAGUCUAAAAUUUGUGCCGAUGAAUCUACAAAAGUAUCACCAUUAUUAGUUAAUACCACUAUUAAACAGGUACAAAAAGAAGACACUGCAGUCAGUUCUUCCAAAUUUUCAUCAAGUGAUUCUGAAUCUUCAGAUGAAAUUAACAAUAUAAUAAAUUCUAAAAUAUGGGCUGAUGAAUCUAUUAAAAUAUCACCAUUAUCAAUUAAUACUACUAUUACACGUGCACAAAAAGAAGAUGCUGCAGUUAGUUCUUCAAAACUUUCAUCAAGUGAUUCUGAAUCUUCUGCUAAAAUUAACAAUAUGAUAACUAGCCCUAAAAUAUGUGAAGAUAAAUCUAUUAAAAAAUUACCUGUAUCAACUAAUACCACCAUUCAACAUCAGGAUACUGCUGAUAGUUCUUCAGAAUCUUCAUCAUCUAACUCUGAAUUUUCAACUAAAAUUAAAGUUGAGUUAAAGAAUUUUGAAGAAUGCGAUAAAAUUAAAUCUACUAGAACAUCAUCACGUAUUCGCGCCAAUGUUAACAAUAGUAAGCACAUUGAAAGUCCAUUAUAUAGUUCUACUCCUAUUUCAAAUUCUGAACAUUCUGUAAAUAGUAUCAAUUUAAUCAGAAACAAGCAACUAGAGCAAUUAAAAAAACAUUUGGCUAAAAAUACUACUGAAAAACGAAAAUCAUUGGCUUCUGUUAAAGUACCUAAUCAGUUAGCUAAGGAUACAUUUUUUAAGUCUUUAAACAUUUCACAAAAUACUAAAAAUAACGAUAACAAUGAUAAUCCACUUGAAGUACUUGCUGCUUCGGUCAAUCUUAAAGAUAAUUUGGGUAGUCCUAAAAAAAUAAGUCACCAUAGUAACCUCCUAGGUGAUUCUGGUUUAAGUGACAGUGAACAUAAAAACAUUUCAGUUAGUAAUUCAUUUUCAAGGAAAUCUGAAAAUUCUACAAAAUCAACUAAAAAGCAUCGAAAAUCAAAUGAAAUUAUAGAUGCAAUUUUAAACUCAGUUAGUUUAGCCAAGGUGAAGUCUGAUGCUAAUAUUACCAAAAAUUUGGUUGAUUCUAAUAAUGAAUGUAGUAAUAACGAAAAAGAAGAAAACACUAUAUAUACUCAGCAUAAAUAUAAUUUAGAUGAAGGAUUGCUUAUUAAUCGCAAACACUGCAAUGAACCAGCAGUUAAAAAUUCUUUGACAUUAAAUUUGAGUACUAAGAAUAUUAGAAAAGAAGAUACUCCCGAAAAAAAAAAUACAGAAGACAAUGAAAACCAAACUAAAAAUUAUAUAUCUAAAAAAUUUCCAAAUGUUACACUAUCCAUGAUAUCCGAUUCUGAUAGUAAUUGUAGUAAUGAUCUGAAAUCACCUGUAAAAGAUUUAAGCCGUACAACUGAUUUUAAUAAAGAAAUUGAAAAUGACACUACUAGUAGCUCUGAUGAUGAAAUUUAUUCAAAACUUAGACAAAAUAUAUCAAAAACACAAAUAAAUACAAAACAUUAUAAUGAAAAACCUAUAAGUCAAUCACUCUAUUAUAAUAAAGUAUAUUUUAGUACUGAUGAGAGUGAUUCGUCGUCCAAAAUUUUUUAUAAUACAUCUCAGUUGUCUUCAAAGUUAAUUAAAUCAAAUGUAACAAAUAUAUUAGAAACUGAUGUUUGUAACAAAAGCAAUGACAAUAAUUUGUUAUCAAACAAAAAAACACUUAAAAAAAAAAAAAAAAAAAAGAAGUAA